UUAUAUUGAUAACACGUUAACAUCAUGAAAAGAAGUUUAUGCUAUAUUAUAUUUAUAAGCAUUACUGUUUUAUGUAAUUCGUAUCAUUCAAAGCCUGAAGGAAGCGUUUGCACGAACUACGAUGGAUCGCUUGGGAUUUGCAAAUACGACAGAGAAUGUGAAUGGGCAAAAGUUAAAUUACAAAAUAGAGAAAUAACUCUUGAUGACCUGGUCAUAUGCAUGAUCAAAUACAGAAGAUCAAUAAUUUGUUGUAACGAUGAAACGGUUUUAACUACAACAGUUUCAACUAGGAAAACUGUUACUGAUCGCUUUAUUUGGGGCACUGAACCAUUGGAUAAAGAAACAACAACUGUAGACAGGCCUUUAGAAAUAAAAAAAAGAAAAAGUGAACAAGCUUGUGGACUUAUUGAGAACAUUAGAGCUCUUGGUCUCGACUAUCACAUUCUUAAUGGAAAAGAAGCUGAUGUAGGCGAAUAUCCACAUAUGGCUGCCAUUGGAUACGGCGAUGCUGUUGAAGAAGAUCAAAUUAGUUUUGAUUGCGGUGGAAGUUUAAUCUCACAGAAAUUUGUUUUAACAGCUGCACAUUGUGUCAAUAGUCGCAAACGACAACCAAAAAUAAUUAGACUUGGAAGAGUUUCCUUAGAUGAAAACAGCGAUAGAGACACAAAUUUAGCUCAAGAUAUUCCUGUUAAGGGAGUUAAAUUGCAACCGUCAUAUACUAGCAGGGAGAAAUACAAUGACAUAGCACUGAUCGAAAUGAUGCGUAACGCUGAAUUCACAAGAUAUGUCAAACCAGCUUGCCUUUACACCAGCGGUAAAUCUUUUGGACCCAAUGAAAAGCUUGAAAUUACGGGUUGGGGAAGAGUCAACAGUUCGACCUUGAUAAAAUCAAAUUGGUUAUUGAAAGCUGAUAUACAUGAAGUGCCAAUAGAUGAAUGCAAUGAAUCAUACUCAAUUAUCAUUUUAAGUCAACUUGCAGAUGGAAUAACGCAAAGUCAACUUUGUGCAACAAACACCAAAGAUGGGAAAGUUAUCGAUGCUUGUCAGGGUGAUUCUGGAGGCCCAAUUCAGAUGAGAAAAAUUGUCAACCAUGAAACUGUUUUCCAUGUUGUUGGAGUCACUUCAUUUGGUUUAAGUUGUGGCAGCAGCUUACCAGGUGUUUAUACAAGAGUUUCUGAAUAUCUCGAUUGGAUUGAAUCAGUUGUCUGGCCAUCGACUGUGAAUCUGUAAAUACUUUAUUAUGAAACAUAAAUUUUCAUUUGAAUAAAAGAAUUAUCACAAACAAAUUAA